UCGGGGCUGGGCUCGCGGCCCCUCGGGCCCCUCGGCUUUAGGCCGUCAGCUCGACUGCCUGACUCUAGAGUCUGGUUCCUGUCGCCUUGGGGGAAGGCCGAGCUCUGGGGCUCCCUGGGUGUGGACCGGCCUGUAAGCAGGCUGCGGGUCUGGGAGCCUUUGUGCUCCCUUCAGCUGGCAGCCUGCAUGGGGCGCCCGCCCCGUUAGUGGGGAGCGCCCCGCAACCGGAGAGGAGGAGCCUCCGUAGGCCAUGGGGACCAGAGCCGCCCUGUAAGUCGGGGCCAGUGCUCUGGAGUCCCGGGCACUUUGCAGUCCAGGCAGCGGCUUGAGCCCCCUGUAAGCAGGGGUGCAGCCUCUUGGCCGCUGCUUGGCAUGCCCAGCUUCAUUUGCCCAGAGGGCCCGGCUCCCAGCACGGCGUGGGACUGCGCCGGACGUCGCGAUGAAGCCGUGGAACAGCGAGGCAAGAGCGAGCCGCAGGAGCAGCAUCUCCAAGCUCAAGAGUGGAACGGCGAGGCAAGAGCGAGCCGCAGGAGCGGCGUCUCCGAGCUCAAGAGUGGGACGGCGAGGCAAGAGCGAGCCGCAGGAGCGGCGUCUCCGAGCUCAAGAGUGGGACGGCGAGGCAAGAGCGAGCCGCAGGAGCGGCGUCUCCGAGCUCAAGAGUGGGACGGCGAGGCAAGAGCGAGCCGCAGGAGCGGCGUCUCCGAGCUCAAGAGUGGGACGGCGAGGCAAGAGAGAGCUUCAGCAUUGGCGGCUUCGAGCUCAGGAGUGGGACGGCGAGGAACCGUGGGACGACGAGGCAAAUACAGCAGCGUCUUGGAGCUGGAGUGUGGAACGGCGAGGCAAGAGCGAGCUUGGAGCUGAAGAGGGACACGAGGGGCCCUCUGGGCAAAGGGCUUUUCCAGGCCAGGGCACCUUCAGGGUGCCGCGGCUGGUUUUGCGCUGGGCGACCCCCCUGUGUGCAGGGCUGGGUCUUUGCUGUGGUUGGCCUUUUGCCGUUGUGCUCCUUUGGCUGCCCGGAGAGAGGGGCAACCCUGUAAAGGAGGGUGAGAGCCCCUGUCUCUGCACCUGAGGGGGGAAACGGAGCUCUCCCGGCCCCCAGCCCAGCUACCCUGUAAGCAGGGCAGGGCUUUUCCCCAGCCCCAGCAGCUUUCUGCCUGCUGCUGGCCCCUGGCCACUGUGACCCCCUGUACUCGGGGCGUGUCACAGCCUGUGUCCCUGUGCCAGCCCUGAAGGGCCUCGGCGCCUCGAGGCCCUUGUGGCCUCCUCUCAGUGCACGGGCAGGUCUGAUGCUUUCCUCUCCCGCUCAGCAUUAGCAAUGGCUCCCCAGAGCAGGUUGGCUGCGCAGAACUUGCUCCCUCUUCUGGGACUGCCGUCCCCUCCCCUGCCUUCCCCUUAGUUGGUGUGAGUGAGCAAGUGUGUUUGUGCUUUUAGCCCCCCCUUUAGAACUACAGCAGCGUAGCUUAGACUUCCCAGGAGGGAAAGAGGAGCUCUGUGCAGCCACAGGCGGGUGCCCAAAAUGCACGGGUGGAG